AUGUCCUCCUCAGAAUUGCGCCUGGGUAAACGAGUUGCGAUCGUUGGGGGAGGACCUGGGGCCAUCUCUACGGCUCUAGCAUUUAUCAAGCGAGGCUACGAUGUUCGGGUCUAUGAACGACAACCAGAAUGCAAGGCGAUCGGCGGCGCCGUGCUUUUAUCGACAGCCAUGUUAGCUAUCCUCCGCUCCUGCGGCAUGGACUCAGAAAACACCGACUCUUACACAGUAACCUACUUCAAAGACAAAUCGGGCGCGGAGCGGGUUAAGUUACCUUUCAACCCCGAGGUUAAGAAGCGCAUGGUAUCAAGGGCUGCCAUUAUGGAGUUCUGCGCUCUUCCAUCUUCCGAAAUAUGCUGGACCUUGUUCCACCAGGUGUGA